AAUGCUGAUCUAUCAGCUUCGGACACAAGAACAAUGUUUGAAGAGCAGAAGAGAAUUAUACAGGGGCUACAUGAGCGUUUGGCAGAUAAAGAAUUUCAAGUAGUAGAAGGAGAGAAGCUACGAAAAAAACUGCAUAACACUAUUUUGGAACUAAAAGGAAAUAUUCGUGUUUUCUGCCGUGUACGGCCGCUCCUACCAGAUGACAGUGCGGACACAGUUGUUUCAUUCCCUACUUCAACAGAAGCUCUUGGUCGGGGCAUUGAAUUAGUACAAAGCGGACAAAAGUACAAUUUCACAUUUGACAAGGUGUUCAAUCACGAGGCUUCUCAGCAGGACGUUUUUGUAGAGAUAUCACAACUGGUACAAAGUGCACUUGAUGGCUACAAGGUAUGCAUAUUUGCAUAUGGACAGACGGGUUCAGGUAAAACCUAUACUAUGAUGGGUAGGCCUGAUGAGCCAGAUCUGAAAGGGUUGAUACCCCGUUCUUUAGAACAGAUAUUUCAGACUAGCCAAUCUCUAAAAGAUCAAGGGUGGAAGUACACAAUGCAGGCAUCAAUUCUGGAAAUAUAUAAUGACACCAUCAGGGAUUUGUUAUUAACCAAUCGGUCAAGUGAUCAUGCACGGACGGAAAAUAAUGCUUCCAGCAAGCAGUACACUAUAAAACAUGAUGCAAACGGAAACACACAUGUUUCGGACCUCACAAUAAAGGAUGUUUGUAGCGCAGAUGAGAUUUCCUCCCUCCUACGACAGGCAGCACAAAGCAGGUCAGUGGGAAGAACACAAAUGAAUGAACAGUCAUCCAGAAGCCAUUUUGUCUUUACACUGCGUAUAAGUGGGAAAAAUGAGAACACUGAACAACAAGUCCACGGUGUCUUAAACCUGAUCGAUCUUGCUGGUAGUGAAAGACUCUCAAAGAGUGGGGCAACUGGAGACCGGUUGAAGGAAACUCAGGCUAUCAACAGAAGUCUAUCUUGUUUGAGCGAUGUCAUAUUUGCUUUGGGAGGAAAGAAAGAAGACCAUGUUCCUUUUAGGAAUUCAAAGCUGACGUACCUUCUCCAGCCAUGUCUCGGUGGCGACUCCAAAACGUUGAUGUUUGUCAACAUCUCUCCUGAUCAAUCUUCCACUGGUGAGUCACUUUGCUCCCUACGCUUUGCAGCCAGAGUCAAUGCCUGUGAAAUUGGGAUUCCACGGCGUCAGACUCAUACAUCAUCAUCACGCUCCUCAGAAUCCCGUUUGAGCUACGGUUAAAAGAGAGCUUGGCCUGACAAAUGGUUUCAUCCAUGCCAAAAUUAAUUGCUUAUUUUUUUGUCCUGCUUUAGCGGCAGAAUGAAGAAAAUAUAUAUAUUCUUUUUAGCUGCUGACGAGUGUAAAAUUUAGAGAAUCAAACUUGUGUAAAUGGUUGUAGAGGCUUGGCUUUAGCCUCCAAUAGUAUGUACAAAUAAUUUGUGUACCAUUCAGAUGUGACAUAAGAUAGAUCUCUAUUUGGCUUUUGCACUUGUUUA